AUGAGAGUUUCAGAGAGUGUAGGUCAAAAAUUAAGGAGAGUAAACAUUGAUUAUUCGUAAUUCGAACUGCCAGAGAAUUCUUUCGAUUACUACUUGAAACCUGUGAAACCUAAGUUGAAUUAUAGCAAGCUCUUGCCUAAACAAUAAUCUCCGCACAGAGAAAUCCCACAUACCAUCUCAUGUAGAAUCAGACCCCAAAUCAGUAAUCAAGCAUACAAUGACGUUAUCAAUUAAACGAGUUUAAAAACUCUUCCUAUUCGACAACUGAUUCCUCAUAAUAAUAAUAAUCGUUCCUUUGUUUUAAAACAUAAGAAGCCAAGCAUCGAAGCACGUUAUAAAUAGAUAAUGGUACAUUUCAAAUCAAGCAAUAGGAAUAUAAUGUCGAAGAACAAUUCGUGGAAUUGAGAAGAUUAAUGACUCGAUAGAAAAAAUCAUCUAGCCUUGGAAAAAGGGUUAAAUUUUUAUAAUGA